AUGAUGAUGAUGUCUUCUUUGGAAAUUGAUGAAAAUUUGAUUCAAUCAUGGAAUAAUGCAUCGGAUUCACUUAAUCGUUAUUUUCCAAUAUUUAUUUAUACAUUUGGUAUUACUGGAAAUCUUCUAAAUAUUCUCGUUUUAUCUCAACGACCACUUCGAUUAAAUCCUUCAGCUCUUUUCUUUAUGUUUUCAUCAAUAUCAGGUCUUAUUGCACUUCUUAGUGGUUUAACAACACGAAUGAUGGCUGGUUAUUCAACUGAUAUGACAACAACAAUUGAUUGGAUUUGUAAAAUUCGUAAUUAUGUAUUAUAUAGUGCAAGAACAAUUACUCUUUGGUCAAUUACAUUUGCAACAAUUGAUCGUUGGUUGGCAUCAAGUACAAAUGUUCAUAAAAGACAAUUAAGUACAUUAAAAAAUGCUCAACGAAGUCUUUUCAUUGUUCAUAUUUAUGCAAUUCUUCUUAAUGUUCCAAUUCUUUAUUGUUAUCAAGCAAAUUUAACUGGAAUUCUUCGAGGUUGUUAUGGUGCAACAUAUUCUUGUCGUUUAAUAACUGAUUUUAUUUAUACAAUAGCAACAACAUUAUUUCCAUUAAUACUAAUGAUUAUUUUUGGUUGUUUAACUAUUCGAAAUAUUCGUCAAACACGACAACGUAUUUUGAAUGUAACAAUGAUUAAAAUGAGUGAUGAACGUCCAACAACAAUGGUACAUAUUCAUGGAAAACAUAAUAAAAAGACAGAAAAACAUUUACUUGAAAUGCUUGGUGUUCAAGUGACUUUAUUGGUGAUUUUAACAUUUCCACAUGGA